UUAUCCAUUUUUAAACCAUAUCCAAUUCCAAAAUCAAUUAAACCAUUUUCCAAAUAAGUCCAUAACAUGAUCCAAAACCAUAUGCAUGUAGUUUGUUCAUAAAAAUAAAUAACAAUAAUAAUAAUAAUAAUAAUACAAAAAAAAAAGCAAAUGAAAUGAUACAGCAGUACAAUGCAAACAGCAAGCUUCAUCAAGCUACACACUCCAAGUGAAGCCAGCGUCAAAGCAUAAGCGGCAAAUGAAGCGCAUGGGCAACUGGUGUACAAGCCAAGCUUCACGCCAAGGUAAUGUAAAAGCUGCCACAAAAGCAACGCAGCCGUGCUACCUCAAAGCAGAAUUUACUGAAGACGGAGCUUUACUCUGCAACUUGGCAGAAAACUUUGAAGCAAGUGAUAUUUGUGCCGAUGCCAAAUAAACUUGCCAUCCAAUCCGUACUCUGAUAUGCUAAGCAACUCUGCACUGACGUUUGUUCCGAAUGAGAUUAAAGAAUGUGAGCCUAUAAUUGAGAUGCCUGCAUCACCGGAACCUCAAAGAACAGAGUUGGUUGAUUUUGAAACAAAGCAUGAUGAAGAGAUUUACUAUAGUUAUAAUAACCAAGAUGAUGAAGACAUGGAAGAUAUGCUGACAUUCAACCUAAGUAGUCAUGGAUCAUCAUGCUUGCCAAAGACCCUUGAUAUUUUUUUCGAUGGAUUUGACCAAGGCAUGAAUACAUCAACGGCUUUAGUUACAUUACAUCCCUGUGCUGCAAACACCCCUUUACCAAAAGUGAAAGAAGCUAGCCGUCUCAAAACCGAGCGCACAGGUUAUGUUCUCCCAGAUGAUCACCCUCUCCUAAGAGAGCAUGCUCCACGUGUACAUGAUGAUCCUUCUCCUUAUCUUCUAAUGGAAUGGCUACAAGCGGAGUUAGAAAGCUCGGCUGAAUCAAAUACAUCUGACUUGCAAGAUGAAGAUAAAAGUCAAACAGUUCCUGAAACAUAAUUGAAUCUAUAACUAACUUAUAACUAACUCAGAUUAUUCUAACCAAGGGGCUGGAUGCUGAAAAUUCUCAUUCUGCAAUUUCUCCGUCUUCACUCUGCAUUUUCAACCUGGCUCUUCAUCGUCUUUUUCAACCUGGGGGAUUUCUCCUUCCUCAUUCUAGAUUACCUUAAUUCAUUCUGCACUUGGAUUCAUGAUCUGCUUCACCAUUCAUUAUUCUGCACCAGGUCUUCUUCAUUAUGAAAUCUGAGUUCUUGCUGUAACUCGAUUGGUAUUUCAUACUGCGACCAAGAAUUCUUGCUCCGCAACACUCAAUCCGCAGGAUUUCAACCUCUCGAUAACCUCACUCUCUUUUUCACCUCUUCAAUCUUCUCUUUAACCUAACCUUCGUCCAACCCCAUUCAACUCUCAUAACAAUUUCCAACCGUCAUAACUGAACCUAACUACUUCCAACUGUCAUAACCAACCAUCUCUCUAACCUUACUCUCCUAUAAGAACCAUCCUCCAUCUUCAAUUCAAGUUUUCUUCCAUCACCUUUCCCAUAAUUCAACUUUACUCACCAUUCUUCUCCACCUCCACUCUCAUUCACCACCCAGCUUCUUCAUCAAAACCUUCACCAAACUCCAAAUUCCAAAAACAUAAUCUUCUUCAAUUUCAACCAUCAUCAAUCAACCACCACACCGCACCAACCUUCAAUCCUCUGCCAUUUCUUCAACCUCAAUCCUUCACCACAU